CCCGCCGCUCUCCUCAUGGCCGCCGGGUCUGCGGGCCGGGCCUUGGCCCGCUCGGUUCCCGCGCUGUGGCGGCUGAACUGGCAGCCAUGUCGGAGCCAUCGCCUCUUCCCGGUAGAUGACGAGCAGUUCCAGAAGACGACCGUUACCAUGCUGGAGAAGGAAUCGCCUCACGUCAUGUUCGUCGACAGCUACAGCCCCAGAGGCUUCACGGUCAGCGGCAACCGGGUGGUGGGGCCUUGUGUCCUCAUCCCCCAGUCCAUCCUGCAGUGGAAUGUUGGAACCCACCAAGAUAUCACCGAGGAAAGCCUGUCACUCUUCUGGAUGCUGGAGCCUAGAAUAGAAAUUGUGGUGGUGGGGACUGGCAGCCAGAUGGAGCGGCUGCCGCCGGAACUGCUGAGAGCCAUGAGGAAGCGAGGGGUCGCCUUGGAGGUUCAAGACACGCUUUGGAAAGACCAGGUCUAACAAUUGUCUGACCGAAAGCACCACCCGGCAGCCAGUGGUUCAGUGACGAAAGACCCCACUGAAACAAGGUGCAUCCAGCACCCAUCUCCGAGAGCCACCCUUCACCGGUGCGAUGGAAUCACCAGCCCAUCUGGGUCCGGUUGGCUUCAUCUUGCUGGGCAUUGACUGUAUUCAUCGAUUCCCCCCCCGCCCACGGCCCUGAUCAGAAGGUGUAUGCUAUGGGAGCGACCCUUACAGAGAGUGAGUGAGGAAAAGUUAGAAAUCUAAAAAUAAUAAAAGCUCAGGCUCUUCACAUCAGUCGGGAAGGCGGGAGCAUCACCCACUGCUUACCUAGGAGUCCUUCUGGAUCAGGUCAGAAGAAGGACACGCAAAAGACAAACGGUUUACCCUACUUACUGCUGUCAGUGGAAAUAGACUAGUAAUGUGCUGUUCUGAGCGCUUGGGAGAUUAAAACACAAAGAAAUGAUAUGAUUCCUCCCCUCUAGGAGUUUACAUUCUAACGGGGCGGGGGGGAGGAGAGAUGAAUGUAAAUAUUUGCAGAUGAAGUAAUCAAAGUGUGCAAUUGAAUAAACAUGCAAGGGCUGAUGGUA